CAAGAGUGGAAAGAUAAGAUAAGAUUUAGAGCAUCAACAUACAGUGAGCGCCAAAUUUGGAUGCACUCUCUCGCUCUAAGCCUCUAAUCACUCGAGCAAGCGGGUAUGCUCAUAGUUUGUAGCACUGUAAUUAGGACAACAAUUCUAUACUACGGUUUAGAAACAUUUUCUUGAGUUACGGAACUUCCGGAUCGGCUCGCUUGCGAAAUUGUCCGCUAGUCUCGUAAAACAGCUUGUUGAACGACUUGUUCAUCAGCGACCACGUCUAUCUGCAUACAGACAAGUACGUUGUCAGGCCUCCUAUAGGCCUCCGGCCACUACAAAUCAAUGAAUGGUGUACGCAGAUUCCUUGGUGGUGGAUUCAACGACACACAAAGCCCGGGGCCUCCAGCUUCACUUGAAUUGGGCAGUCCACCAUCGAGCGCCCUCCCUUUAGCUUCAGCAUCUACUGCUUCAGCCUACUCAAAUUAUUCAGAUUCUCCGAGCCCAUCAAUACAGCCGAAGAGCCCUACAACGAUUACAGCCGCAUUAUUCUUGAAGAAAAAGGACAAAUCGCGACCUUCACUUGGUGGUUCUCAGGCUUCAUUAGAUGAAAUUCGAGCUAGUACCAGCACUAGGGCGAGAUCUAACACCACUAGCUCUUCGUCUUCAUCAGUAAAUGGACUGGCAAGAAAGUCUCUUUCGAGCACAAGGCCAAUACAGCGCAACACGCGGGAUGACUUAUUGCUUAGUUUGCUUGCAAGCGAAGCAGUCGUGGAGAGCAGGGAUUUUGCAAUUCUCAGUUCAGAAGAGAUAGAUGAAUUGAAGAAGGAGGAAAUUCGUCUUUCAUCACGACUAAGUUCACUGGAGAAAAAGCUGGAGACAGAGCGCAAAAUCCGGGAUGCUUCAACGACACUAUCUACGCUCUCCGUUCCAAGAAACUCUGUUUCAAAGUCCACGCCUAGCAACGAACAAUUAGAGACAGCCACCAAACGCUUUGAUGAAACACAGAAAGAAGUCUGGCGAGUCUCCCAAGCCAAAUCCGAUGUGAGUCGUCGGUUGGUUGAACAUAGAGCGGGGGUUUUGAGCGAAAGUGUACGAAGGAAUGAAGAAGACAAACGUGGCGAUACGUCUAAUGGAUAUGGCACGCCUACCAAUCCCUUGUCUCCUGCUUCCUCCGCUUUCUCCUUCUUCGCUGGACACCCAUCUUCUGCUGUGCCCAACUCGUCAUCGUUGCUUCCACAAGCUGCUCAACAACAGAUUACCCAAUUAGAGGAACAGUUGCGUGCAGCAACAGCUUCAUUGUCAGAAGCGUCCAAGAAACAGGCUGAAACUACCAGGGAGUUAAAUUUGUUAAGGUUGGAGAAAGAUCAGGUCGAGACCAUACUUGGAAUGGAGGUACAGGCUGCACAGGACAAAACAAUAUCCUUGGAGAACGAAGUCCUUCCUAAACUCGAGACGGAGCUGGAGAAUUUCAAACGUGAAAAAGAUUAUUGGGAUGAGGAACGCGAUGCAUAUCAGGCAGAGAAGAUGCGGUGGGAGAAUGAGAGAGCGAUGCUUCAGCAAAUGCAGCAAGCAAAAGGCGGCGCAGAUGCAAUGUUGGCGGAGGUUAGGCAGAAUUUGCUAGAUAUGCAGCAGCAGCUUGACGCGAAGGAGGGUGAACUCCGACAACUCCAAACACAACUUUCUCAAUCACAGUCACAACUCUCACAAACCCAAUUGCAGUUAUCACAACUCGAACAAUCGCAUGCCGAAGUUACAGAGGACUUGGACUCUGGCCGAGCGUUCGUUCAAACCUUAGUCCAGACUCAUGCAAUAGUUCUGUUUUCCCGCGAUCCCUCACUGAAAGGACUGUUGUCGGCUAUUGGCACUCAUCUUGAAGGUUUAUCAAAUAAACUGUUAUCCACUGAACAAACAAGUGCUCAGAGAGACGCUGAGCUCAGACAAAGGGAGUCCGAAUGGGAGGCGCAGAAGAGACGAUUAGAGGAAGAUGUGAGAAUGGGCCUAGAUAAACGGGAAGAGUUGAGUCGGGAGUUGGACAUUGUAAGGAGGGAACGAGAAAAUAUGAGCAGGGAGAUGAUAGAGAUGAAGGACUCUGUGACCCUCCGCUCACCAACAUCUCCGUCUCGACAGCUCUUUUCUCCUGCUACAUCAUUCACAUCUAUUGCACCCUCCCCGCCGACGCUCUCCAUAUCGACAUUACCAGGCGACAACAUUGAAUAUGCUUCUCCCGAAGCUCUUUCCGUUCUCUCUGCUCUCAAGCCCCUAUGGGCGGUUUUGCCCUCUCCAGAAGCACGAGCAGCGAAAUUCGCCUCGAGUCGUGAGCGGGCAUUCCGUACGGGGUCUGGGCCAAGCAGUCCCACUAUGACAAACAGACCAUCUAGUCCCGCCGGCAAUACACCUAAAUCGAUAUCCGAUUUAGACGUGAGAAGCCUAAAGUCACUGUACGACUCGACCAAAAACCCUUCAUCAAUAUCGUCACCUCAGUCCGAGUUCACUUUGUCGUCCUUCAUUUCCCGUGUCCAAUCAUUAUUAACAGACGACCGACUCCUCAUCGAACGCUUACUUCGCUUUGCCCAAGCACACGACCUUCUGAAGAAGAACGCCGACCGAGCGCAGAAACUCGCUUCUGAGGCUAACUCGGGCCUCGAAACCUACUCUCGACAAGUACGCAUCUUGGAAGGUCGGAACGCUGAUUUAGUCAGACGGUGUGGAGAGCUGCAGGGAGAGCUGACAGAGCUGCAGGGCCUUCAAGAAGUAGUAGAUCGGAUAUCUGCGGCUAAAAGCGAUAUCGAGAUUCAAGCGGCCGAGCAAGCAGAGACAUGUAGGCAACUAACGGAAGCCAAUAACAUGUUGAGUGCAAGGGCGCUGGCACUGGCAGAGGAGGCAGCACAGGCUCCGGAAAUGGUGCGGCGGCAGAUGCAGAAAGAGUUGGAUGAUGUCAAAGCCGCAGCGGCGCGUGCAACGACAUUGUCGGGGGUGGCGACGUCAUUUGGAGAACAUGAAGCAUUACAGGCGGAGCUGGUUAAGGUAAAGAAAGAGCUGAAAGAAGCGUUAGAAGAGAUGGAAGCCAUGCAGACGUCGAGUCAAGCGCAGAAUGUGAUGUUGAUGGACGAGCUUAUGGUCACGCAGUCGGAGAAUGCGGAUUUGAAGAACCAGUUGAGGGGGUUGAAGAAGUAGGUCGGGCAUAAACGUAUUUCCACUCAGACGGUGAUUGUUUCUAUUAUGAACAUUGUCCUUAUGUGCUUUAGUCCUCUUCCUGUACUAUAUUAGGGCUGCUCAAUUCUUGCCUCACCUCACCUCACCUCACGAGCUGUCACGAAAUUCCGCUUUUGGAUGUCCGAUUGAUCGG